CGUCGCUGCCGUCUACCACGCACGGGUCCAGCGCAUCCUACCGCGCAACUCAACCUGUGUCAACGUUAAUUUUGUACAUGCAUUCCCUGACACGUCUUCUAUUUCCUCACCCAGCCCUACGCCCUCGUUAUUGCACACCUACUCGUUGCCAUUCCGACAUCGACGUUGCCCCACCAUGUCUAUGUCGCGAAUGAGUCCAAGGUACCUCCAUGCGUGUAUAGUUAGUAGGCUUUCAAGCAAGGCCUCGGGAUGGGGCUUGAAUCCGUGCUCGAGAACCCGGGUACGCGAGUUUUCGCUGUCUGCAACUGCACGAACAGAUGGAAGAGAGCCCGAUCAACCGCCACAAAUACCAGUAUCAUCACCACAAGCGACAGCCAGAACCACACUCCAUGGAAGCCACCCCGCUCAGCUCUCCUUGUAAACAAGCUCAGAACCGAACCUAUCAUUAAGGCCAUAGAUGAUUUACUCCAACAUAUCCAAAAACUAUACCCAGAUGUCAAAAUUUAUGCAGAAGACAGACCUGAUAUCCCUGACGGUGUGCAGGUCUGGCGGCCGGGCCAGAACUCUGAGCCUGUUGACCUUGUCAUCACUCUGGGUGGUGACGGCACCAUAUUGCAUGCCGCCUCUCUCUUCAGCCAUGGAGCUGUCCCACCCGUUCUUAGCUUCUCGAUGGGCACCCUGGGUUUCUUGUUACCGUUCCACAUCGACGACUACGCUAAAGGCCUUAAGGCCGUGUUCGACGGGAAAGCAACCAUUCUGCAUCGUAUGAGGCUUUCUUGUUCAUUCUAUGAUCAGGAUGGGAAGAAAAUUGGAUCGGACGAAGACGCAUGGCAAGUGAUGAAUGAAAUAUCGCUACAUCGUGGAUCAAGCCCCCACCUCAACACAAUUGACAUCUACGUCGAUGGACAACAUCUAACGGAAUCUGUGUCUGAUGGCAUAAUCGUAUCUACUCCCACCGGAUCAACGGCCUAUUCACUCUCAGCAGGUGGACCAAUCGUGCACCCCUCGUUAAGUGCUGUCCUCCUUGUCCCUAUAUGUCCGCGCAGUCUUUCUUUCCGUCCCCUUGUCUUUCCGUCCUCAUCAUCGAUCACGUUAAGGAUCGGUGAUAAAAGUCGUGCAGCAGCAGGCGUAUCGAUGGACGGACGCACCGUACACGUUCUCAAUCCUGGAGAAUUUGUUACAGUGCAUGCGUCACCAUAUCCUGUGCCGUGCAUCAAUCGCUCGUCUAUAGUCGACAUAGCUUCAUCGUCCACAGGCGAUGAACGUGACAGUUCUUCCCUUAGAUCUGAAGGCGGGGAGGGUGUUGGGCCAGGAAAAGAGGAUGACUGGGUGCGAGAUAUUAAUAACUUGCUUCAGUACAACGCAACCUUCCGGAGCAAAGCGCUUCUGAGGUACAGCCGUGCCGGAAGCGGGUCGUAGUGCACGGUCGUUGCAGUACCUCGAUUUUUCCGUCGGCUGAUAGGAUGCCCCGUAAACUCGGGUGAAUUUGCGAUGGAUGGGCUAAACAUUUUGCUGAC